AUGGAUUUGACCGAGCUUCAGAAUCAAGAAUAUGAGGUUAUUGCUGAUAAGACUCUUAGCAAUCAGGACCAUCUGUUCAAGCUCAUUAUCAUUGGUGAUACCGGAGUUGGAAAGAGUUGCCUCCUCAGCAGAGUUAUGGACAACGAUUUCAAAGAAGAGCACAAUGUUACCAUUGGUGUCGAAUUCGGAUCGUUUGUCAUCAAGAUUGAUGGCAAGAUUGUCAAACUACAAAUCUGGGAUACUGCUGGGCAGGAAUCUUUCAGGUCCAUCACCAGAAUUUUCUACAGAGGUGCACAUUGCGUGUUCUUGACAUACGAUGUGACAAGAGAUGACACCUUCUUGGACGUUAUCGAUUGGCUCAAGGAAGCCAAGCAGCACUCAAACCCAGACAUUCUUCUGUACCUAAUCGGUAAUCAAGCAGAUUUGGAAGAUGACCGUCAAGUGACAAAGGACAGAGCUAUCGAGUUCCAAAAGAAGAACAAGAUCGAUGCCUUCUUCGAGACCUCAGCUAAGACAGGAAACAACGUUGAGGAGGUCUUUGCUCUUGCUGCCAAGCAGCUUUAUGCCAUCCACAAAAGAGACUCCAAAGGAGAGACCAUCGAGGAUCCUAUCAAGUCUGAUGGAGGACCAACCAAGCUCAAUGUGAACGAGCAUAAUGAGACUGACGGAAAGAAGAAGAAAAAGGGUUGCUGCUAAAUAUUUCUCACUUCUAUUUACUUUUGAUA